GAUGGUUUUAUUUAGAUUACUGCAGUAAAUUAGAAGAAACAGCGCCUCACUCUGGCCAAACGGCGCACUGGGCGGAGAUUUCGGUGGGCGAGGUUUAGCUGUACAAGACAAAAGAAAACGUUAAACGAAAACAAAGCGGGGCGUCUUGAUCUCCUGUCCAAGGUUUCCUGACCAGUUUUGCUUAUAUUUAAGGGUAGGGAUUUCUUUUCAUCUAGAGCUUUAUAUUAAAUGCGCUGCUUUACGACGAAAUGCAAAUAAGGAAGAGCGUUAAAUCAAAUGCCUCAUGAAGAGCAAAGAUUCUCUAAGAGAGACGGUUUAAACGAGUUGUUAGUUAUAGAUAGAGUUCAUUUUAAACCAGUGUUAUAUAUGAGGAAUAUCGCAUAGAAUAUGACUUUUCUUUUUAUUUUCCGGAAGUUCGUUUUUAGACGUGACAGUUAGUGGCAGUUAUAAGGUCAUCCGUGUAAGCUCACCUUUAGUAGCUGCAGGCUUUUUUAUAGAAAGCUAGAAUAUUUAAUCUCAUUUGCAUAUUUUUGAUGGUGUUAAAUAUAAAUGAGCAAAAUAACAACACCAGGCCUAGAAAAGUUUAAAACCAGGAUUUUAUUUUAAAAGCGAAAACAGUGAAAUCGGAAAUGAACGGGUUUCAGUCCAGUCCUGCAGAUUGUCCGGCUGGAAGCGUCUGUUCCAUUGAAGGUUUGCCUCCCUUACCCAAAGGACUGAGUGGCAUCCUAAACUCGAGCGGAGGGUCAUGGAGGGACAUUGAGAAGGUCUACAGCAAGAGGACGCGCAUCCAAGCGGACAUCAGCAAGUCCAGAGUGAGCGACUGUCUUGGCCGCAGUAAACCAGCGAGCCUUGACGCAGCGCUGGCCGUGCUGCGCAAAGAGAUGGUUGGUCUUCGACAGUUAGACAUGUCCUUGCUGUGCCAGUUGUGGUCUCUAUAUGAGUCCAUACAGGAAUACAAAGGAGCUUUCCAGGACAUCUCCUCUUCUUUGUGCGAGAGCUCCUUCAACACCGAAAAUGGUUAUUCUGAAGAUGAAGAUGAGGAAGAUGUAGAUGAAAAUGAAGGGGGGAGUGGGGAGACUCUGUUAUCCCUUCCUCAGCCCACUCAGAACUCCCGAGACCAGUGGAUCAAAGACUCUUUCCACAUCCCCAUUUAAAAGAAGUUUAAAUGGGGAUGUGUUAUAGUUAUAGAUCUGUUAUAAAUAUAGAUCUGAUCUCCCAUGAUUAUCAUCAGUAUAAAAGGUGACAAACAUGACCCCAUUGCUUGAAGGAUUCUAUAGGCAUCAAAAUGAUCAAGGCCUUUAUUUUUGUAGGAUACUAUAUGAUUGUAAGCUUGUUUCAGGGGAACCAUGGAAAACUGCCUUUUCACUGCCUGUAAGUCAUAAAGACCGGAUGUGGACUGACAGGAAGAGGAUGUUGUGGCCAGAAACAGUGCAGUCUAGGAUGUUUUUCUACUUAUGGUAAAGCGUGUAUACAUCAAAAAUGGAAUUAAAGACAUGCCUUACUAUUCUCUCUUUUGAUAUAUCAAGUCACAAUUUCAUUAUAUUAUAUAGAUGUGUCAGAUGUGUAUUAUCACUUGUCUAUUUUCUUUAUCACUUACCAGCAUUUGAGAUACUGUUUAUUUUAUUAUACAACAUUAUUUUUACCACCUCUGUUUUUCAUUAGUAAGUUCAACUGAAUGCCGAAUUUACAUUUUGUACAAAAUGAAAAAUAAAACAAAUCAAACUUU